CUCGACGUGAACCAGUGCCAGACAUUAUUAGGCGUGGAUAAUAGCUAUAAAGCUGCACAUGCAAUCAAGUAUUAACUAAGCUUUAAUACAACUUUAUUCAUUAUCUGCAAAUUUAUAUUCACCACUGCAGAUGUUGUCGUCGAAUCGACCGAGAAAAUUCGUCGGCGUUGUCAUCUACAAUGAUCCUGUAUCACGCGUUCAGGGUCAAACAACUUUACCGAAGAGGCCGCGCCGAGAUACCAAUGAAGGACUCUGUGAACUGAGGCAAGAACCUGGACCGUCUGGUGUGAAGCGCAGGAGGAUAUUUUCUCAUGUGGAGAUCUUCAAGAAGCCUAAUACAACGUAUGAUGUCGAGGCAGUUAUUGAAAUUCCACGUCAUGCGAACACGAGUCGACGCAACAAACCUCGCGUGUCCUAUAAAGAGGUCGAAUUUUUGUCCGCAUCAGACAGCGAGGAUGAUUUCAAAUUCGAAGUAUCUUCUGAUGAACAGUCGAACUUUGCCGCAGAUACUGACAGCCAACCCGAUACCGACAUAAGCUCCGCAUCAGAAACUGAACCAGAGUAUACCGAUGAAUCAGAGAUACAGCAUGAUGAUGAACCCGUCCCAAAGUCCCAGCAACGAAAGCUGCCAGCGAAACAGAAGUCCAUCAAAUAUGGUGUGUCCGAAGGCUCAUUCAAGGCUAUUUCAGAAGCUAAGCAGCUUCCACUCCCAACACUUGGUCGUCAGUCAAGCAAAGGCUUGGAUCCAACCUUACCACCAUUGUCAAAGAUCGAUGACAUCUUCAUUGACAUCACCGACAAGGCUUUAACUCUUGGUCUGAGUGACGUGCUGAAGUUUCUUGGGGGCAGACCACUUCGCGUAGCCACCAUGUGUUCAGGGACAGAGGCGCCUAUGUUGGCCCUUAAUCUGAUAUCCAGGUCUCUGCCCAUGUCCGAGGAGAUGCUGAACAUCGAGCACGCCUUCAGUGCGGAAUUUGUGCCUUUCAAGCAAGCAUACAUUUAUCGAAAUUUUGCACCAGAUGUCCUUUUCCGAGACAUUCGCGAAUUUGAGAACGACAUGGACAAAGCAGGCGCGACAACUGUCUGGGGAAGCAAAAAGACACCUCCUGGAAACGUCGACCUGUUAGUCGCUGGCUUUAGCUGUAAGGACCGGUCGCCUCUUAACAUGCAUCGUAAAGAAGUUGGUAAGAAAGGCGAGACAACCGACACUCUUAAGGGCACCAUAGCGUAUGCGCGAGAAAAAAGACCAAGGAUUGUCGUCUUGGAAAAUGUCAAGGGUAUUGAGGACGAUUGGCCAAAGAUUCAAAAAUAUUGGGAAGACAUCGAUUAUGCGGUAAUGAAAUUGAAUGUUGAUACCAAGAAUUACUACAUCCCAGCAACGAGGCAAAGAGUGUACAUUUUGUGCCUCGAUAAGAAAGCGUCUAAAGUCGACACUAAAGAACCACUGCACAAAUGGGAGGAUUUGAUGUUGCAAUUCCGGCGGCCAGCUUCUUCUAGCAUGGAGGCUUUCAUGCUCCCGGACGACGAUCCACGGGCACGUCACGUACAAAAAGGAGAUCCUUCACGUGAAACUGAUUGGACCAGAUGUCGAGAGAGACACCUGAAUAUGAGAGCUAGGUAUCGACUUGGUGAGCGUCGUCCAUUCACUGAAGGUUACCAGCUCCAAAAGCCUCGGGUACCAGACUUUUCGAAUCACGCCUGGCACACAAGACAAGCCAAGCGUGUACUCGAUCUCCUAGACAUAUCGCAUUUGAGAAACGCAAGACCCGAAAGGGGUGGCUAUGAUUCAUGGUACAAGCUGCGCUGCUGGAACCCAAGUCAAAAUGUCGACCAUGCUAGUGGAGCAGAUACGCAAGCUUUUGGCAUAGCACCAUGCCUUACACCCAGAACCAUCCCGUACAAUAGUUGUCGUGGCUCGAUGAUCUCUGGCUUAGAAGCAUUAGCUUUGCAAGGAAUCCCCAUCGAUGAUCUUUUGACCAUUGAGACAGAUUCUGAGCUGGCUGAUCUCGCUGGGAAUGCAAUGACAACAACCGUCGUAGGGCCGGCAAUAUUAUCAGCACUUAUUGUGGCAUUGCCUCACAUGCGACUUUCGUCAGGUUCACCUGGGCCUCCAAAAGAUACUGCACGAAUUACGAAGCCAGAGCCACGAACAGUUGCGACACAGAGAAUAGUUCAAGCGUCAUCCGGGCCAAAAUCUGAACACUUGCUCACGACGCAGAAGCUUCUUGGGGAAGCUAUUGCAAGCUCCCGACGAUGCUCAUGCGAGAAGCAAGGGGAGACUAAGAGCUACGUACGCGAGUGUAGCAGCUGUGGGUACACUGCUUGCACUGAUUGCCUUGGGAAUCCUCAGCACGUGUACAUUGAACGAACUUAUCUUGUAAAGUCUUCACGUAGCAGUCCGAUGGAAUUCGUGGCGGAGUGGAAGCCUCGACUUCCUUUAUGUCUAAACUUCGACGGCGUUGGGAAUUGUACUUCGAUGUUAAAGCACAUGACUCUAUCGACAAAGGAGCACAAAGAUCGAUACCUGACACUCCUUCAAGGUCUUUACGAACAAGACUUCGUGCUAGGUCCGUUUCGCCGGUCUGAUGGGCACUGGACCGUUAUGUAUGAGUCAUCGAACGGCUACUUGAAGCUCAUUCUUGGGUCCAAGCCAAAGUGGCUCUUAUACCUAAAGUGUCCUUCCGAUUUACCUGUCAACAGUGAGCUACGAGCAACCAUAUCGCAACCUGUUGCUCGCUCAGAGGGCUUCAUUAGCGUAUUCGGUGACGGUUGGAGUCAGUUUGUUCCAUGCAGAAAGAAGAUCAGUUUCACAGUCACAGCCUCCAGCUCUACCUCACCGUCAUGGAGAGCCGUGCUAGGCUUUCCAGAUUUCGAGAAUGAGACGGUCCCAACUCGCUUGACCAUAAAAACGUCGAAAGAUGCUCAUGGACUUGACGAAUCCCUCGAUGGCGAAUAUAGACACCUGCCAGAGUGUGGGACUGCGUCUCAGAUGCUGUAUCAGCGGACUGGCACAGAUCCGUUAUACCUGUUUCUCGAUCCGUCCAAAACCGGUAAUCCAGAUGAAGAUACAAUGGUUUUCAGCUACGAGCAUCGUAGGCUCAUGGUUGAUGAAACGCGUGUGACAAUUGCUCGUUUAGACCCAAAAUUUCGUCCGUGGGACUUUGCGCAGGGACCCAGUACAAGAACGAUUACAGGUGAAAGCAAUGGAAAUUGGUCUGCCAACGAUGUUCUGAGUUUACACCCUAAGCAAACCAAAGCGAACGCGCUCAUCCCGUCAAGUCUCAGACAGUGGCUCGACUCGUGUGACGUAGAUACUUGUGGGCAGCUCACGACGAUACUGUGUUGUGAGUUUCGUAUUGACACCUCGACUCAGAAUGAGCUUUCACAAUGCAGAUCCCCAGCCUCCGCGCAGGAUCUGCUGUUGUCUCGCUUCAUAUCAUUCGCACAACACUGGCAAAGCCAUGUAAAGCUGAGCGAAUGGCAAAGUAUGGACGUCAAUGACAAAGUUUGCGGUAAAUGCGAGCCAACAAGACCUCCAGUCACAUGGGCCGUCGAUAAGAAAGGCAACAGCACGGUCAGAUGGAUUGAGUUGGCUGAACCAGCUGCGGUUUAUGAGCGAGCCGUAUCUCAAAGACCUCUGGCCCAUAGUCUGCAGGCAGAGGUUCGCCAAGGCCAAAGCGGUGGCUCCGGUCGUAUUGGGGUUGCCUGCGAUGUCGUUACACUACUGCAUCGAGCUAUGGCCAGGUUCAAUGGGAAGAAUGGAUCAGAGAGCGCACAGUGCAGACUCCUCACAAAACCCCAACUAGGGACCAUUUACAAACGAGAACGUUUCAUACUCAAAGACAAUUCAGGCGACAGGACAUACUCCGUAGAGCUUGCGAAUGGCUACAAACUGUUCAAGAACCAGCAGAGGUCAUUACAUUGGAUGCGACAAAGAGAGUUGCAUCAGAGCUGCAUUGUUGUCGAAGAGGUUGAAGAAGAUGUUAUUCCACGUCUUGAGUGGCGCAUGGAGGUGAAGGCCACACGGAAAGUUGGUGUCAGAGGAGGCUGCUUGGCUGACACUGUCUCGUAUGGCAAAACCCUUCUCUCUCUCUCGCUCAUACAUGCCGAAUUCCUCGACAAGUCUAUGCGAGACCUUGAGCAAGAGAAUGAAAAGAUAGCAGGGGAUCUGAUUAAUGUCCCCGCAAGCUUGGUCAUAUGUCAGCAAAGUUUGACUACUCAAUGGGAGAAUGAAAUUAAUAAGUUCCUCCCUAAAGAGGCUUAUAAAGGCACUGUACUCGUCAUCCGAAAAUUUGGGGACCUACAGAAACUUAACGUGGAAAAUAUCCGCAAGGCAAAAAUUAUCAUUUUGUCUUGGUCAGUGCUCGCAGACAAGUCAUACAUCGAGAAUUUGGGAUCAUUCGUGGGUAUGCCUACGGUUGAGGCCGAUAGCAAGUACUCGUAUGGUCGUCUGUACACCCUCUGGAUACAAUGCUGUGCGGAGCGGAUUCCGAAGUGCCUCAAUAAUUUGCGGGCCGAGGGGCUUGCCAAGUUCUCUGAGUCGGAGCCGCAGAGAUUAGAAGAGAAUUUAUCACGACCAGAAUUUGCGGGUGUUCUUCCUGAUAAAUAUUACACCGGGCAACGAUAUGUUAAGGAGGCAGAGAAGCAACGCCUUGUUGCAGAAAGAGAUGCAAAAGUCCGGAAGAGCGGACCAUCGAAACAGAAAUCAAAGAAGCUUGCAUACAAUGCUUCGGAUUCGUGGAAGGACCUGCAAGGCCCUCCCAUGCAUAUUUUCUCAUUCAAUCGAAUCAUUGUCGACGAGUUCUCCUAUCUCGAAGAGGGCACUUCCCAGGACAAAAGCCAUCCCGUCCUAUACCCUUCCAUCAAAAGCUUGACCGCACCAAAGAGAUGGAUUCUUUCCGGGACUCCGGCGUUGGACGACUUCAUCGAUGUGAAGCGCAUGGCCGCACUGAUAGGCGUCGAUCUAGGUAUCAAUGACUAUACCCCAGGAGUCGUCACGAAGAGGAAUCUAGAAGCAUCAAGAAAAUCACAGACGGUCCUCGAGCAGUUUGAGACAUAUCGGAAGGCCAAGUCUGUUGAUUGGCACCAGCAUCGGGACGCAGGAGCGCAGCAGUUUCUCGAUCAAUGUGUGCGUCGAAACGCUGCUGAUCUACGGUCUAUAUCAUGGUCCGAACGACUUGUUACGACGAUACCAUUAUCAGGUCAGCGCAUUCUCUAUGACGAGGCAGCCGCGCACCUUUCUAUUCCCAAUAUCAAGAGAACUAGCCCGGCAUCCGAUCCCUCAGAUCGCGCUUCCUCAAUCCGAAUGUUCUGGCAGGAAUCUGACACAUUUGAAGAGGCAUUGGUCAGAGCUUCAAACGAAUCGACACCGCUGCGAGAUAUAGAAGAAAUCAUCUCGACAAGGGCAGCAGAGAAGAAUCAAAUGUCCGAGAAUCUCGACAAGCUCCUGUCUCAGGUCAAGGGCCUUCCUGUAUCCCUUCGUGACGACCGAUACUAUAGCGGCUGGCUACGAGAGGCAGAUAAGAACCAUGACCUGAAGGCGCGAUUUGACGCAGUCGUCGCAGGUCCCAAACAGAGUUUCGGCACAGAGGGACUGAAAAAUCUCUUCGACAAAGUCCGGACCACGACGUACAAAUUACAAGUCAUGGAGAAUGCCCUGAAUUACGCAAAGCAGGUGAGGAGAUUCGAGGCUCGCGGACCUCCGAGAUGUGCGACUUGCACCAAGUCUGCAACUGUGGUGCUUCCUCUGUGUGGUCACGCAGUGUGCGAGACUUGCUACGAACAUGCCGCGGCACGAUCAGAAUGUGUCGAUGGAUGCGAGGCGCUUUCAACAUUCGCGACUCGCGACCUCGACUUCAGUCGUGCGGAGACGAAGAUGACAGGACUCAUCAAAGUCAUCAAGGGCAUACCGAAGGACGACCAGGCACUCAUCUUUGCACCGGGCUCGGAAUCGGUGAAGAACAUCCGAAAGGUGCUCCGAGAACAUAAUGUAUCCUGCUUCGCCAUCGUCAGCUCCGAGGAGCGCGCCGUCGAGGAUCUCGAGGAGUUCAAGGCAGACAGAGACCCUAGCACGAAGCGCAAGGUGCUUGUGCUCAACGUCGGCGAUGAAACUGCGGCUGGCAGCAACCUGACGAAUGCGAAUCACAUCAUCUUCAUCGCCCCACUGCUCUCUCGAACUCAAGAGCACUACAACCAAGCAAUGGAGCAGGCAAUCGGUCGCGCCAGGCGGUACGGGCAGAAGAAAGAGGUCCAGAUAUACCGCUUUGUCGCCUUGGGUACGAUCGAGGCAGACAUUCUUCAGCUCAGAGAGCGGAGGAACUGUGCUUUGAGACAAAGGCCAGAUGAAGAAGAAGUAGAAGCAAUCACCGUCCAGGCUAACGACGGCAAAAAGGAGCCGACUCUGUUCGUUCGUUCGGAACAGGGCGAGAUUGCGCUUGUGCCGGCGUCCUGGGCGAACAGAAAAGAAGAUUUUUCGAAACGGUUGCCAGGAUUUAACUGUAAGAGUCCGAGUACGGGGGCGGAUCUGAGGCUUGGAUCUGGUGGACAGCACGUAUUUGCUGAGCACUACUUGGCUUGAUGGAAGCAUAUGUGCGUUAGUUCAUAGAUUGGAUGAGUUUGGCAUGCAUUACGGCGUCAUCGUUGAGCGAAUUGUGUAGCAUAGUCAUACUUAGGGAUACAUCAAAGGCAAACAAAGCCAGCAUGUUCCACGGCGACGGAUGAUGGACAAUAUGUACUUUUAUUUCGGGUACUAGUUCACAAGCCCGAACAUUUUUCCAGCCA